AUGACGGGCGCGCGAGACGCCGGCGCCAUCCUGGACAUCGUGCAGACCAAGUCGGACCGCUUCGACACCAUCUGCCUGGCCACGGCCAUGCACAAGCUGGCAAACAUGCGCGGCGCCCCCAACCUGCACUCCCAGAUCGUCACCUCGCCGGCCUUCCACAAGCUCAAGGCCCUCAUGCUGCAACGCAAGACGGAGAGCUCCUGCCGCAACAUCUCCAACACGCUGUGGUCCCUGGCCAAGAUGAACCACCACCCAGGCGAGGAGUUCAUGCAGGCGUAUGCGGAGGAGAACUCGAAGAAAGCGGGGGACGGGAACUCCCAGAACACGGCCAACUCCCUGUGGGCGUUUGCAACCCUAGGGUAUCACCCUGGCAAUGCUGUGUUGGCCGCCCUGACCGAGACGGUGCUGGCCAAGCUCCCAGAGUUCACGGCCCAGAACAUAAGCAACACACUGCUGUCAUAUGCCAAGCUGGAGUACAACCCAGGCCCAGAGGUGGUGACGGCCUUGGCCAAGGAAACCGCGACCAAGAUCUCCACGUUCUCUCCCCAGGCCAUGUCCAACUCCCUCUGGGCGCUGAGCAAGCUGGAGAUCGAGGACCACCAGCUGCUGGAGGCCAUCGGUGCGGAGGUCCGGAAGCACAUAUGGGAGUUCAACUGCCAGAACCUGGCCAACACCAUCUGGGCGUUUGCAAACCUGGGCAUCAACCCCGGGCCUGACCUCCUCACUGACAUCGCGGGGGCUGCCAUCCAUCGCCUGCCCGAGUUCUCACCCCAGAACCUGUCCAACACGCUCUGGGCGUUUGCAAAGCUGGAGACGUACCACAAGGAGCUGUUUGACCUGGGCACUCUGCAUGCGCUGCGCAUCAUUCACACGCUGCAGCCCCAGACUAUGGCCAAUAUCCUGUGGUCCUUUGCUGCGCUGGGGGUGUGUCCCGACCCUGCCUUCAUCCAGGCGCUGUCGCCCCAGGUCCUGCGGCAGCUGGAGGAGUUCUCCCCGCAAAACCUCUCCAACACUGUGUGGGCCCUGGCAACCCUCUACAACUUUGAGCCCGUCAAAGAGCUGCACAAGCCGAUGACGGUGGAGCUGUGUCGGGAGACAUACCGCCGCCUGACCGAUGCCAAGCUGGCGACAACCUACUCGCGUCAGCACCUGUCAAACACGAUCUGGGCCAUUGCGACCCUGGGCUACGAUCCCGGCAGGAAGGUCAUGGAAACUCUGGGCCUGGCCCAGUCCAUGCGUGUGGAGAGCUGCUCUGGCCAGGAGAUGGCAAACACUGUGUGGGGCUUUGCCAAGCUUGGCGCCUACUGUGCUCCCCUCAUGGCCAAAGUUGCUACCGAGUCUACUGCUCGCAUCCAGGAGUACACCUCUCAGAACCUGAGCAACCUGGCAUGGUCAUUUGCCAAGUGCACCUACCAGGAUGAUGACCUCAUGCGAGCAAUUGCACAGCGCUCCAUCGAGAUCAAGCAAGAUCUCAGCUUGCAGCAUCUAUCCAAGUGGGUGAAGCACCGGCUCCAGACCGACACCUUCAACCUGCAGCAGAUUUCCAACAUGACCUGGUCCUUGGCCGUGCUGGAGGCGUUGGAUGAGGAGGCAUGGGACCUGUUCAUCGAGGCCCUGCGGCCCGAUGUCUUGGGCAUGCCCACCUCUGAGAUCCCAGACGAGGCGCUGUCCCAGGUGUUCCAAGCCCUGAUGCUCAUGCAAGUCACCAAGCCGGAUGGGAAAUGGGACAUCCCAGACGAGCUCCGAAUGGGCGGCCGCAAGUCUUGGCUCAGCAACACCAAGAAUGUCACCAUAUCGGAGUUCCACAGCGAGGUGUCCCGCAUGCUGUCCAGCAUGGGCAUCAAUCACGAGUUUGAGCAUCUCACAGAAGACCGCCUCUUCUCUGUCGAUAUCGCGCUGUCGGAUGAGAAGAUUGCACUGGAGGCCGACGGACCCCAUCACUUCACGGCAAACACGCUGCAACCCCUGGCGGACAUGUAUUGGAGGCGCACGCUGCUCCACGCCCGCGGCUGGCGGGUGGUGUCGGUGCCGUUCUACCACUGGGCCGGCGCCGAGGAUGAGGACCGGAGGGCGCUGCUGCGGCGCUUGCUGGCGGAGGUGCGGGCGGAGCCCAUACCACGGGGCCCCGAUCAGGGCAGGACCACAGAGCCGGAGCAGAAGGCGGGCUGCCCUGGCCUGGAGCCACAGGCGGCGGGGAGCGCACCAGAGCAGCAGGAGGCAGGCAGGCAGCCCCGGGAGGCUGAAGGGACUUCUUAA